AUGAAGAUUCUUAUCUUGAUUGCCCCUCUGCUUUCCCUCCCCCUGGCCUUUGCCAAUUCAGGCGGUGAUUACGGAUAUGGCUAUGGGGAAAAGAUCAGUACCGUAACUGCUACCGUCACGCACACUAUCACAAAGCCCAUCUACAAGGCCCCGAUCACCAAGACCAAGACUGAAACUGUCACCAAUUUCAAGCCCACAGUCACAAAGUACAAGACUAAGACCAAGACCGUCACCAAGAAGCCUUACCCCACCUACCACAAGCCUGGAUACGGUGAUGGCAAACACAAAGACGGCGAGUACAAGGGCUAA